AUGCGUUUCUCAUCCGUUGUUGUUAUCGCCAUCACCCUAGCUUUGGGUUCGGCUAAGGAAAUCAACAUGAGUUGCCAAUUUGCCCAAGAUCACACCGGCAUGGUUCAGCAGCCCUAUUGCUGCCGUGAUAUGACUUCUGCGCGUGGAAACCCUAAGGCCAAUGAGGCUGAAGACUGUGUUCUGCUUACGAAGCCCCAGCUCUGUGAGGAUCAAUCUCGACCUGCAUGCUGCUACCCAAUUGGCCCCAAGAAGAUUUGUACCUCCCACGUCAUUUUCCAAGAUGCGGCAGAUGUUUAA